AUUCGAUAGGGUUGCGGUUGCCUUCGUCGUCGAGAUCUCCAUCUCCUGCAGUUCUGCUGCUCAUCGGCGGUCGGCCAAACUAUCGCUCUACUUCCGGCUCAUCGGAGAUGGAUUCGCAACCAACUUCUCUGCAACGCCUCCACAACGUCGAGAAGCGUUUAGUGCGCGUACUGGAGCUCGCCGGCGCCGUGAUGGACGAGCUCGCUAGUUCGACCGGGCCCCGAGCAGAGUUCCUCGCCGGACACUGUCGAGAGUUCAUGAUGUCCAUCAAGGAAAUUCAGACAACACUGCGUGAAGAAAUCAAGAGUGCUUGUGAAUAUCGUCCGUUUGAGAAAUGUGACUAUAGUGCCAGAAUAGCUAACGAGAUAUGCGUCAAGAAACUGGAAUACAUCAUUGACCAGUUGGAUGGCUUGAAAGAAAGCAUCGAUAAUUAUGAAGAUUGAACUGCACUCUUGAUUGCGGUGAUGCAGCUGCUGCGGAUAUUUGCAGGAUGAGACUAACCGGAUUCUUUCAUGUUGGGCGAUCAACUGGAUGAUGAUUUAGCAUUGAAGACAUGAUCUGUGAUACUAAAUUUUGUGAAUGUUUAACUUCCAAACUUCAGAUAUAGUCAACUGCCCCCAUAAAUUAUUUUAGUUUGCCAUGAAACCAUGUUCCAUAGCUGAGAGACGCUCUUGUUUUUGGGAGAUCAAGCCAUGACGUGCUACCAUUGUCUGAGUCCAUAAUGGACUUUUGAUAUAAUGUUAAAACAUAUAAUAGUAUCGUAUGUUAUGCAUUGAUAAAUCUCCUUGAGUAUAUUAUAUUAUAAUGUUUGUACUU